CCCCGCAGGGGCCGUUCGCGGGGUGGGGUGGGGGGUUCGCUAUGUCGGAUGACGAUUCGAGGGCCAGCACCAGCUCCUCGUCAUCUUCGUCCUCCAACCAGCAGACCGAGAAAGAAGGCAGCACCCCCAAGAAGAAGGAGAGUAAAGUCAGCAUGAGCAAAAAUUCGAAGCUCCUCUCCACCAGCGCCAAGAGGAUCCAGAAGGAGCUGGCAGACAUCACUUUAGACCCUCCACCAAACUGCAGUGCUGGUCCCAAGGGUGACAACAUCUAUGAGUGGAGAUCGACUAUUCUGGGUCCUCCAGGGUCCGUGUAUGAAGGUGGAGUAUUCUUCCUCGACAUUACGUUUACACCAGAGUAUCCCUUCAAGCCUCCAAAGGUUACAUUUCGUACAAGAAUUUAUCACUGUAAUAUUAAUAGCCAAGGAGUUAUUUGCUUGGACAUAUUAAAAGACAACUGGAGCCCCGCACUGACCAUCUCGAAAGUCCUCCUUUCUAUCUGCUCGCUCCUUACCGACUGCAACCCUGCUGACCCUCUGGUGGGAAGCAUUGCCACUCAGUACAUGACCAACAGAGCAGAACACGACAGAAUGGCCAGACAGUGGACCAAGAGAUACGCUACAUAAACUGGGUUUUCAGUUCUUACAGGAUUUGUCUGUCACAGAAGAGAGCUGCUUAUGAUUUUGAAAGGGUGGGGGUGGGAGUUGGUAAAGAGUAGGGUAUUUCUAUAACAGAUAUUAUUCAGUCUUACUUCCCAGGAUUUUGUUGUAACUUAAGGUAUCUUGCUACAGUAGACAAACUGGUAAUAGCGACUUUUAGAGCUGAAACUUUGCAAGAUUAGCUGACUUUUAGUACAACAGAAAAGAAUGCAUGUGUAGACACUUGUGUUCCAUUGAUUGUAGUCUACUAUACUUUCAAAAUCAGCUUAAAUUUGUAUAGGUACAUACAUGUCAUUUAUGUAAAGUCCUAUUUUCUUGUUCAAAAAAAUUGGAAUUUGUUUUUCCUUCUUAGAAGGAAACAAUGGUAUUUAACGAGUUUGCAAAGAUGAGUUUGUUACCUCGUAUAUGUAAAAUGGACAUCUGGCUACAAGACACCAUGUAGUUAAUGUAUUUUAUAUGCAAAUUACUUCAAGGGUUGAAUCAUGAUUUGUGGAAACCUGUAGUGAAAUACCUUAAGCUGUUAACUGUAAGUGUGGAAUAGGAAUUGUUCAGUCAAUUGGUUUAGACUUCUUAUGUCUGCAUUUGUGCUAAUAAACAAUAUUAAGAACAA